AUCAACACAACAAGAAGGGCAAUAAGUUGACUUGGGGGCCCUCCCUUUCUGGCGUAUCUCCCACCGGGUCUCCCUCUCUUUUCGGUCACUGCUUGCUGUUUGUUUGUUUCGCUGUCAGACGAGUCCCGCAAUGUUGACUCUGCGAUUCAUCGUCGCCAUUGGAGCUUCGUGCCUCUUGAGGCUCGCUGGCGCGCAGUCGUUGGCUGAUGCUCCACAGUGCUCUACGAAAUGCCUGUUCCAGGCAAUGAGCCAGCCUGCAUUUGCCAAUCAGUCACAGGCGGAGCUGUGUGUCGAUGAAGGCUUCAACAACUUUGUCGGGGGUUGUGUGCAACAAGGAUGCAGCGUAGUUGAGUCCCUGACCUUUGUCAAUAUCACAAGAACAGCAUGUGGAUUCCCUCUGUCAGACUAUCGCAACGAGUCGAGGGCGACCAGUCUUGGCAUGUUCAUUUUCGCGGCCGCCUUCUUCGCAUGUCGAAUUACUGUCAAAGCCAUGAAGUACUCUCCAUGGGGAGCUGAUGAUAGUCUAAUGGUAGUUGCGUUCGCCGCCUUGAUUCCUUUCAUAGUUCUGAUUCAGUACAUGAUCCCACAAGGCCUGGGACUUGAUAUCUGGGUUCUCCACGACUACCAGAUUACUACCUUUCUCAGAUACCUUCUCAUGGUCCAAACACUCUACAUCUUUGUCCUCGCCAUCGUCAAGGCAUCCAUCCUGCUGUUCUUCCUUCGCAUCUUCCCAGAAAAGAAGUUUAGAAUCGCAGUCUGGUGGACGCUAGCCUACGACCUCUUCGUCGGCUUCAUCUUCAUCGUCUUCAGCUUCAUCCAAAGACAGCCUACAUGGCUUGUCUGGGAGGGCUGGCGUGACAAGGAUCCCCGCGGUGUCAUUCUCGACCUCAACAAAAUGGGCUUGGCCCAUGGCGGCAUGAACAUCGCGCUCGAUGUCUGGAUGCUUAUCUUGCCCCUGACACAACUCUACAAACUGAACCUUAAGAUGAAAAAGAAACUGGGAAUUAUUGCGAUGUUCAGCGUCGGUAUCUUCCUCACGGUAGUUAGCAUCGUCCGACUUCACAGCUUGAUGACAUUUGCGACAUCCGCAAAUGCGACAGCCGAUGCGCGAGGCACAACUAUCUGGUCUGCCAUUGAGAUCUGCACUGGUGUAGUGGUCGCCUGCAUGCCAAAUGCGCGACAGAUCGUGCGAGAGGCUGGUCGGCAAAUCAAGGAUGCGUCAGCGAGCCUUAUGAACAGGACGCGUAGCACAAAUUCGGGGUCACAGAGUGUCUUCCAAGACCAAUCGCUCGAGAUGCGGGUGGCAGUGAACUCUUCGGCCGCCCGAUCAGCGCCAACAGACAAGAGCAGUUACAGCUCUACUACCGCCAUUAAUUCCGGGAGGAGGAAUUCGAGCUUUACGAGCGAUGUGGAGACAGCAAGAAAAGACUUAGACUUGAUGUAACAUCAUUGCCACGCAGGGAGGGGGUUGUCGGGGAGCUUGUAGU